UGCGCACGGACACAUAGCCUAUCCUUCCCGUUCCCAACCUCAUCUCUCGACAACCACGAACAACCAUCCAUUGUGCCCUCUUCACCACAACAAUGGCCUUCAGACCGAUACUGCGGCAGCGUGCCUUUGCCCCGGCCGUGGCCGCCGUCACCGGAGCCGCCGUGGUUCUCUCUUCUCCGCGCAUACUACACGCCGAAGAACCGUUGGAAGACUCAGCUCUGAACCGCAAACCCAUCUACGACGACACACCCCUCGACAUCACGGCGCCCACGCCCACAAAACCCGCGGCCCCAGAGACUCCCACAACCACCACUCCCUACCGUCCAACCCCAACGGACCGCCUCGCCGUGCAAAUCGGACAUGCCCGCAUGGCCCUCUACCACGCCUCGACACGCGCAGAAGAUAGCGUUAACAACGCCCUCACGGAAACCCUGCGUCUAGAGCACUCCUUCACAAGCACCGUCCGCUCGCUAGCACCCUCGAAAGAAUCCGGCGAGCGCCUCUUCCCCGGCGCCCUCAACGUUCUCAUCGGUACCCUAGCUGGUUCGAUCUUGACGCGCAACCGCGGCAUCAUCUUAAGGGCUUCGGUGCCUGCUGCUAUCGGUCUCGGCGCUGCGUACACUUUCCUUCCCGUUACCAUGAAGAAUGUCGGCGAUCUUGCGUGGACGUACGAGGAGAAGUACCCCGUGUUGGCGGACGCGCAUCUGCGGACUCGGGAGCGAGUGACGCAGUUUUUGGAGACGGGCAAGGCGCAUAGCCAGAUGGGUGUGGGGAUGCUGCAGGAUAAGGUCGGCGAGACGAGGGAUAAGAUGGAGAAUUGGGUGAAGAAGGGCAAUUAG